AUGCUUCAACUUUGCCAGGAAUUGUAUAAAAUUCUAAUUGCAAACUCUGCCCAAGGUAAAUUUCGGUUAACAUUUGCUCCGGACCAAGCUGGCAUAACGGAGAGAUACUUUUCAGUAAAUGAGGAUCAGCAUAUCGAGAUUGUGUGCUUUAAGAAAACUUAUAUAUCAAUUUUUGAAGAAUGCCACAAUUACUUCUUCACAAACGGGUAUAAGAAUAGUAAGUGCAAAAGAAAUGGGUUAACCAUGUUUCAACAGAUUACUAACGAAGAACCUCCUCUUUAUCAAGCACCACUAGAUAUGAACACUUAUGUCGCUACAAUAGGGCUUCUUUUAACAACCCCUGAAAAUAAAACUGCAAUAAACUUAUAUUUAGAUUCAGUGCUGUAUAAACUGAAUGAUUUUUCAGGUCUUACCAAUUAUAAGGCCGCAAUUCUACAGGAAGAAGCAACCCUCGUCGGCCGUCUUCUGACAUCUUCAAACAAUAAACUAAAUAAAUCUUCCUCCCUAUGGUGUUUGUAUCGCAAGUUAUACCUAUUGCUCAGAGAUGCAGCUGGUACCAUUGAUUACAUCACUAUAUUUGUGUGUUCCGCCAGUCGCCACUUUUCGAAUUAUUACUGCUGGGAGACUGUCAGAUGGUUUUAUGAUGUGGUACCCACUGAGCUUGCUAAGAUGGAAUUAUUUUCUGCAACGAAGAUCUUUUGCCUUCAAAACACGAGGGACUCGUCUUCAUGGAGUGCCCUGGCGUACAUGAUUUGUCAAAAGAAGGCAAAAAUUGAUUUCAAUUGGCAUGAUAGUAUUCGAUUACAGAACAGCUUGAAAUGCGGAUUGAAUUUUAGGCAAAUACCCCCAGGAUUUGAUGUUGACAUCGAAGGUGUUGCUUGCGAUAUUGCACACAGCAUUAAUACCUUGACAAUUCAAGAUUGGCCUCCUUUUCUUUGUCUGCUCUCCGCUUUGAAUGCUCUACCUAAGAAUGGAACGCUUUCAUUUCUCACAUCUUGGAAGGAAGAGGUGCAGGCUUUCGAGACGGUAUGCGGUCCGGUCACAUUCAAAAGGAGGAAUCCCAUAGUACCUAUUAAUGUAUCAAAUGAUCUGAUGCUCUUCAGAAAAUCGAAAAACGUUGGGUUUAAAAAGCGAUUCCUAGAUUGCUUGCCAAGUCAAUCAUGUAAAACAGACAGCAACUGUUAG